AUGACUAAACAUUUUGUUCCUUUGGAGUGUAAUCCUGAGGUGUUUGACGAGCUGAUUCAUUCGUUGGGCGUGACUACGGCACUGUCGUUUCACGAUGUUUAUGUGAUUGAUGACCCGGACAUGCUGGCCAUGAUCCCGCGACCCGUGUAUGCUCUGUUGCUGGUAUUCCCUGUGUCCGACACGUAUGAAGAGUAUCGCCAUGAUUCAGAUAAAGAUUUGGCCGAUGAUUAUUAUAACUCAGUUUCUGGCACUGAUAAGGAACAGGCGGUCUGGUUUAAACAGACAAUUGGCAAUGCCUGUGGAACCAUGGCACUUCUGCAUGCUCUUGCGAAUGGCAUUCCUGCUGGAAUGAUCGAACCUGGUUCGACAAUUGACAUACUGAUCAAAGAGUCGAUUCCUUUAAACACCGUCGAACGGGUCAAGCUGCUGGAAAACAGCACAGAAUUGGAACAACAGCACGCCAAAGUGGGUAUCAAGGGCGACACGGCCGCUCCAGACGCCGAAGCCAGCGUGGAGUUUCACUACGUCUGUCUCACUCGAGCACGCAAUUCCGACCACCUGGUCGAGCUCGACGGACGUCGCAAAGGACCAAUCGAUCUCGGACCCCUUUCACCAGACUCGGACCUUCUCUCCGAACCGGCUCUCAACAAAGUCAGAGAGUUCCUGGCCCGCGAAAGCGCCUCAUCCGCCUUCUCCAUCAUCGCCCUGGCCCCCUCCUUUUCGUAG